UCGGUGGUGAAUAAGUCGAUGGAUCGGAGUCAUUUUGGAGGCCCCGCCCAGGGGGAGGAGCUUCAGUCUCUGAGGAGUCAGCUCUUAUUGGUCCACAGUCAGCUGCAGUACGAACGCUUCAAACGCCAACAGCAUGCCGUCAGAAACCGCCGCUUGCUGCGGAGGGUCAUCAACGCCACCUCGCUGGAGGAGCACAGCGUCGCCAUGAAGGGUCAGCUGAGCGCUCAGGACGAAGAGAUUCGCUGUCUGAAGUCGAGUCUGCAGGAAGAACAGAGACGAUACACACAACUGCAGCAGGACACACAGACACACACUGAGCAGCUGAACACACACAUCAGACAGCUGCUGCUGCAACAACAGGACGAACUGAGGGACAGGCAGAGACUGCAGAGUGAGCUUCAGGAGUGUCACAGCAGGCUGAGGGAUCUGGAGGCGGAGCUUCAGAGAGCCAAUAACAAGGCUUACAAUGCAGAACACCAGCUGACGGAGCUGUCCAUCAAGCUGUGCAGCAGUGAGCAGCUGCAGCAGCAGAUCUUCUUGUUGAACCAGCAGCUCGUCCUGAUGAGAGAAACUAACAGAGCUCUGAGCGACCAGCUGGAGGGAGGAGAGACACACACACACACUGAGGCGUCCAUGCUGCAGUGCAGUGUGGGUAAGGAGUACCUGCGUCUGAAGGACAGUGACGUCCAGCACAGACAGAAGCUGGAAGCAGCCAAUCACAGGAUAGCAGAGCUGGAGGGUCAGCUGACCAAGAAGGACCAGCUGAUCCUGGACCUGAAGAAACUCCUGGAGGACACCAAGGUCCAGAGCAGAGGCGAGCUGUCGGCCUGUGAGAGUCGCUACGUCGCUCUGAGGAGAGUCACCCAGACGCUUCAGACCGAGACGCUGCACCUGUACAGCCAGCUCCACCUGGACACUCACACGCACAGCCGGCCUCAGGAUGUCAGGCCAAAUGGGGGCAGCGUUGCCUUACCAGCUCCUGAGGGCAGCCACAAGUCCCGCCCCUCCUCCUCUUCUUCUGUUGGUAUAUUAAAUGGAGCCGUGGAGACCCUCUCCACCUCCCCCCUGCACCUCCCCUCCUGCUCCUCCUCCCCCCUGUCCCUCUCCCCUAUCGACUCCCCCCUCGCUGUCGGCUCCUUCCUGGAGCAGCAUGCACGGCAGCUGUUCAGACCAGCCAAUCAGAGCCAGGAGGAGGAGGAGCAACAGGAGGGGGAGGAAGAGGAAAAGGAAGAGGAGGUGGAGGAGAAGGACGAGGAGGAGGUCCAGCCAGACAGCCCUCCUCUGGGUCAGGAGGCGGAGGAGGCCAACUUCCUCGCAGGAAGUCCUCAGACGGUGCCUCCAAACCGUGCUGCAGCUCCCAGCCUGCCUCCCUCUGGACCUCCUGCGCCUCCUGCUGACCUGACGCUCGCCGUCCGACAGAGGAGACACGAACUCAGCAUCAUGGACUACGACGAGACGCUGCCAGAGUACUGAUGGAGGGUUGACAGGAGGCUGAUGGAGGGUUGACGGGGCUGAUGGAGGGUUGACAGGAGACUGAUGGAGGGUUGACAGGAGACUGAUGGAGGGUUGACGGGAGGCUGAUGGAGGGUUGACAGGAGGCUGAUGGAGGGUUGACAGGAGACUAAUGGAGGGUUGACAGGAGACUGAUGGAGGGUUGACAGGAGACUGAUGGAGGGUUGACAGGAGACUGAUGGAGGGUUGACAGGAGACUGAUGGAGGGUUGACAGGAGACUGAUGGAGGGUUGACAGGAGACUGAUGGAGGGUUGACAGGAGACUGAUGGAGGGUUGACAGGAGACUGAUGGAGGGUUGACAGGAGACUGAUGGAGGGUUGACAGGAGACUGAUGGAGGGUUGACAGGAGACUGAUGGAGGGUUGACAGGAGACUGAUGGAGGGUUGACAGGAGACUGAUGGAGGGUUGACAGGAGACUGAUGGAGGGUUGACAGGAGACUGAUGGAGGGUUGACAGGAGACUGAUGGAGGGUUGACAGGAGACUGAUGGAGGGUUGACAGGAGACUGAUGGAGGGUUGACAGGAGACUGAUGGAGGGUUGACAGGAGACUGAUGGAGGGUUGACAGGAGACUGAUGGAGGGUUGACAGGAGACUGAUGGAGGGUUGACAGGAGACUGAUGGAGGGUUGACAGGAGACUGAUGGAGGGUUGACGGGAGACUGAUGGAGGGUUGACAGGAGACUGAUGGAGGGUUGAAGGGAGACUGAUGGAGGGUUGACAGGAGACUGAUGGAGGGUUGACGGGAGACUGAUGGAGGGUUGACAGGAGACUGAUGGAGGGUUGAUGGGGCUGAUGGAGGGUUGACAGGAGACUGAUGGAGGGUUGACAGGAGACUGAUAGAGGGUUGACAAGGGAUGGAUGGACAGCUGACGGGGGGUUGACGGGGGGGCUGAUGGAGGGCUGCGACUGAAGGUCCUCAAUUUAUCUGAUGAGUCUGAUAUUUUAUGUUUGGAGGGAUUUUUAGUCGCUGUCUGAAAACAAAUUAAAGCCAAAAAUAACGACAGAAAACAUGUUUUUUAGUGUUGAUGAAUUAGGAAAUAAGCUAACAGCAGCUAUGCUAAUCAUGCUACGUUAGCUGUAACAUGAAACUGUCUCUCCUCUGCAGCUCGCAGUGCCACAGCAGCAUCAAAACACUACAUGAGACCUGCUGCUGUUUUUAUUGCCAAUAUUUAAUCUGUCCACCGGGGGCAGCAGAACACGCUGAUCAACAAUACAACAUCUGACAUGUUAUCAUCUCCUAAAGUAGCUGUGGCUAACGUGUUAGCAGCAACAUGAUCAUCCCAUUAACAGUUGUGAUAAUCAGUUGUGGAGUUCCUCAGGGUUCAAUCCUUGGUCCUUUGAUUUCUUCAUUUUACAUGAUCACAUGACAUCAACCAUCAGGCCCCUCCUCCUCACCAGACUGUCAGCAGCUGCAGCGUCUUCUGUCUUAAUAUACUCAGGAUUAUUUUACAGAGUAUUGGUGAAGACACUCAGUUGUGUGUAGCACAAUAAAGCCUUAAUAAUCCAGUGAAACAUGAUCUCCUGACCUGAAGCUUCAUCAGACAGAAACCUGGCCGAAGCCUUCAGAGACUAAACUACCAGCCGCCAGCCUGUAAACCAGAACCAGCCGGUCCACGGUGACAUGUCAGAGCAGCAAUCGGCCUAAACCAUGUUGUGAUUGGAUGAUUAUUGUUCCUGUAAACUGACAUAAAUGUUCCUUAUUCUGGUUAAAAUUUCUCCUCAGGUUCACAGCUCAGGACACCAGACGAGACAGUGGCAGAUCCAGGACGGGUUAGACGAGCUUUACAGAAUAAUUAUGGGAAAUACUGUUAAACUGCUGCUUCCAGCCUUUAUGCUAAGCUAAACUAAGCUAAGCUAAGCUAACUGUGUCCUAAUCCCUGAGACAUGAGAUUGACAGAGAAUGUUUCCAAAAAUGUCAAACUGUCCCUUACAGCCAGCAGCUGACGAGGAUCAGUUUGAUUUCAGGGUGUGACCUUCACCAAAGACUUCCUGUUGUCCUCUGCAGGACCGAACCAGCUGAUUAAAUCUGAACCAAUCACUAACCAUCUCACCAGCAUGAUUCUUUUCAUGGAAACUUCACAGACCUGCUGUCAGCUGUUCAGAGACAAAUAUUAAACUGUGAACAUCAGAAAUAAAAACUUCUAUAAUCUCA